CUUCUCUCACUAAACAAACCCCUUUUUUCUUUCUUCCUCUCUGGAAUUCCAUUUACAUGUUUGCGGCGCCAACAAAUCUAGACCUAAUUCACACAUUUCAUCAAAAACUUGUUAUGCAUCAUAUCGAAUUCCAACCUUAGAUUGAUCGAUUGAUUGAAGCUAAGAUUUAAUCGGUUGAUCUGGUGAAGAUGGCGGAAGGCGGUGUAAUUUGCACUGAGAUGAUGCAAAUCGAUGGCGGGGGUGGUGGAGAAACUGUGACUUUUUCACAGAGGAAGAUUGAGUUUCAUCUAGCUAGGAAACCGUGUAAUGUUUUGAGUUCUUCUACGAGUGGGAGUGAUUUUCAUUUGGAGACAUUGAAUCCGGGUGUGGAUUGUUCUGCAAAAGGGAGUGGUGGUGCUGGGAGUAAGAGUUUGGUUUUGGUUGACAAGAGAUCUGAUGGUGGUGCUGGAGAUGGUGCUGCUGAACAUGGGUUGGAUUUGGAGCUGUUUUCUGGGAUUACGUUUCGGAGAAUUGGUGCUGGUUUGCAGAAUCUGGGGAAUACAUGUUUUCUCAAUUCCGUAUUGCAGUGCUUGACAUACACUCAGCCCUUUGCUGCUUACUUGCAAAGUGGGAAGCAUAAAUCAUCUUGCCAUAUUGCUGGUUUUUGUGCCAUGUGUGCCAUUCAGAACCAUGUUAGCCGUGCUUUACAAUCAACCGGAAGAAUAUUGGCACCCAAAGAUCUUGUUCUGAAUUUAAGAUGCAUAUCUCGAAAUUUCCGCAAUUCUAGACAGGAAGAUGCACAUGAAUACAUGGUUAACUUGUUGGAGUCGAUGCACAAAUGCUCCUUGCCAUCUGGGGUGCCGAGCCAGUCAUCUGGUGCUUAUGAGAAGAGCUUGGUACAUAAGAUCUUUGGUGGUCGCCUAAGGAGUCAGGUGAAAUGUACGCAGUGCAACUAUUGCUCAAAUACAUUUGAUCCAUUUUUGGAUUUAAGCCUUGAAAUCAAUAGAGCCGAUUCACUGCGCAGAGCACUCCAACACUUUACUGCCACAGAGCAGUUAGAUGGAGGGGAAAAGCACUACCAGUGUCAGCGCUGCAAGCAGAAAGUUAGGGCACUCAAACAGCUCACAGUCGACAAAGCUCCUUAUGUUCUAUCUGUUCAUCUGAAGAGGUUUGGUUCACAUGUUCAGGGGCAAAAAAUAAACAAGAAUGUCGAAUUUGGUCCCACUUUGGACUUGAGACCAUAUUACAGCGGUCCUCAUCAAGGAGAUUUAAAAUACACUCUGUACGGUGUUCUGGUUCAUGCCGGCUGGAGUACGCGUUCAGGCCAUUAUUACUGCUUUGUUCGCACAUCUACUGGGAUGUGGCAUUCUCUUGAUGAUAACACGGUUCGUCAAGUAAGUGAAAAAGUGGUGUUACAGCAGAAGGCUUAUAUGCUAUUUUAUGUCCGUGAUGUAAAAAGCCUCGCUCCCAUGAAGCCAAAUAAUGCUAUGCGCAAAGAGAACAUGAUGGCAAGUGUGGUUGGAACGAGAGAUAACCUUGUUCCCAAAGCAGGUCUAAAAGAGAAUAUAUCAAAUGGACCUAGAAUGAACCAAGCUUCUUUACAUAAAAAUAAAAUUCAAGAAAUGGCAAAGAGUUCUCCCUCGUUGAAGGACCCUUUGAGACAAGUCUCAAAUAAGGAUCUGCCAGAUGGGCCGUCUACUUCACACUCCACUGGUGUCAACAAUGUAACAAAAGGCUUACUAGAAUCUGCUCUAUCAGGAGAUAAAAAGAUUGCUUCUCCAGAAGACAAAAUAAUUGCUAGCACUCUUGAACAUAAGGUUGCUAAUAGUGGGGGUGAGGUCAUUCGUGAAAGUUCGUCUCAAGGAUCUGAUAAGAAUCCCGGUUUAUCAAAUGCUGCACCACUUAAUUGCAAUGGUCUUCAGAAAUCUUCUGUCACAAGGGAGGUUGGUGUUGAUGGAAAGCUUCCUACAGGAAAUUCGUGCACGAGGGUCAGUAGUCUCAAAACUGAGAAUGCUAAACUGGUUGCGCCUUCACCUCAAGUAGGGGAUAGGAACAAUCAGGACAAGGGUAUUGUAUCAGAGACGAGUUCCAAAGAUAAACUGUUCACGAAGCAAACAGAACCUGCUCUCAAAGUAAAGGAAAAUGGGUCAGUGGAAUUGGGCGGCCAGUUAGCCAUGACAAAUGGGUGUGAUCCAAAGAAAUCUUUAGACAGCAAACAUCGCCAAAAGAAUCUGAAGCCAAGGAAGAAGCUUAUGAAAUCUAGGCCGGUGAGCUUACAUCUUGGCUCAAAACUAAUGCUGAAGGCAUCUCUAAAGAAGAAGAAACUCAAAAAGAAAUCCAGGAAAACCAGUGAAGUUGAUCCCAAUUCAAUUCGCUCUGAAAAACAGAAAGAUAACUCUUCUCUGGGUUCUUGGAUCAGUGAUUUAAACAUUGAGAAAGUAGUAAAAGAUUGCAAUGGUGAUUCUAAUAUCAAAAAAGAUGGUGAAGUUAGGGAGAGAGCUUUUGUGAAUGCGUCGGUGAGCUUACAUCUUGACUCAAAACUAAUGCUGGAGGCAUCUGUAAAGAAAAAGAAACUCAAAAAGAAAUCCAGGAAAACUAGUGAAGUUGAUCUCAAUACAGUUCACUCUGGAAAACAGAAGGACAGCUCUUCUUUGGGUUCUUGGGUUAGUGGUUUAAAACUUGAAAAAAUAGGAAAAGAUUGCAAUGGAGAUUCUAAUAUCAUUAAAGAUGGUGAAAUUAGAGAGAGAGCUUUUGAGAAUGCGGCUGUUCUUGCGUCUGAAAAUUUAUCAAAACAGGCUUCUAUCUUAAGCCACGAAGCUACUAAGUGUGAUGCUAGAGAACCUGAUUGUUCACAUGAAAAGAUUAGCAACAAAUCUCAAAGUGACUUGACGAAAACGCCCAGAGGUCUUAAUGAUUGCAGCGUGGAUACCUGGGAUGAGGGAGCACCAAGAUCAUCUUAUGCUCCAGUAUCUAAGCCUGCAGAGUCCAUUGGUUAUCUCCCAGAUGAGUGGGACGAAGCAUAUGAUCAGGGAAAGAGGAAGAAGGUAAGGGAGAAGAAGAAUGUAUUUGGUGAACCAAAUCCAUUUCAGCACCAUUAUGACUCUAAAAAUGCUCACCCCAAUAAAAGAGCAAGAAGGAUGGACAAAAAUAGCUCUGCCAGCCAACCUUACAGGAUACCCGGAAAAAAAAAAUAGUGGUGAUGUAGAGCAACAUCUAUUGGUUAUUUGCCUACAGAGGUGCAAUAAUAUCCAAAAGAUUCUUUUUGUCUUACUGUAACACAUGUCCUGUUCGUGUUCUAGAUUUUCAGACCUAGCUUCUUCUAAACAGAUGACAGAACUAGGGAAGUGAGAUUGAGGGGGAUGUCUCUGUUUGUGAGAAUGUAUUUUUAGUAUCUAAAAACAGAGAGUCUUUUAUUUCGUUGGUCUUUGUUUUUAUUUAUUUUCUUUUCUUUUCUGCGGUAAUUGAUAAUGUAUCUGUGAGUUUUUAAACAGAACAAUGAGUGAAUAAUUGCUUUUUGCAAAGUUGUAUUAACUAAUAGAUAAUCUUAAUCUCCUAUUGCUGGAGCUUAUCAAA